UCUGCAUUGUCCACGUGGGAGCAGGAGGGCUCAGGAAGCAGCCAAGAGGCCAUCUCCAGGAAACUCCAGCGCUCAGAAUCCAUCUGCGAACAUGCCAGAAAUAGCCCUUUUGCUGCUAAUGUCCUUGAACUUGGUUCAUGGAGCGUUUUAUGCUGAGAGAUACCAAACACCUACGGGUGUAAAAGGCCCACUACCCAACACCAAGACACAGUUCUUCAUUCCCUAUGCCAUAAAGAGUAAAGGUAUACCAGUAAGAGGAGAGCAAGGUAUUCCCGGCCCACCAGGCCCCGCUGGCCCUCGAGGGCACCCAGGUCCCUCUGGACCACCAGGAAAACCAGGCUAUGGAAGUCCUGGACCCCAAGGAGAGCCAGGGCUGCCGGGCCCACCGGGACCAUCAGGCACCGGGAAGCCAGGCUUGCCAGGACUGCCAGGAAAACCAGGGGAGAGAGGACCAUAUGGACCAAAAGGAGACAUUGGACCCGCUGGUUUACCAGGACCACGGGGCCCACCAGGACCACCUGGAAUUCCCGGCCCAGCUGGAAUUUCUGUUUCAGGAAAACCUGGACAACAGGGACCCCCGGGAGCCCCUGGGCCCAGAGGCUUUCCUGGAGAAAAGGGCGUACCAGGAGUCCCUGGUGUGAACGGACAGAAAGGGGAACCUGGAUAUGGUGCUCCCGGCCGCCCGGGUGAGAGGGGCCUUCCGGGUCCUCAGGGUCCCAUGGGACCACCUGGCCCUCCUGGAAUGGGAAAAAGAGGUGAAAAUGGAUUUCCAGGACAGCCAGGUAUCAAAGGUGACAGGGGCUUUCCAGGAGAAAGGGGACCAGCUGGCCCACCAGGCCCCCAAGGUCCUCCUGGGGAACGAGGACCAGAAGGCGCUGGGAAGCCAGGAGCAAUUGGAGCCCCAGGCCAGCCAGGGGCUCCAGGAACCAAAGGUCACCCUGGGGCUCCAGGAGUAGCUGGGCCCCCAGGGCCUCCUGGCUUUGGGAAACCAGGCAUGCCAGGCCUGAAGGGACAAAGAGGACCUGCUGGCCUUCCAGGGGCUCCAGGUGCCAAAGGGGAACAAGGCCCAGCAGGCCGUCCUGGGGAACCAGGUCUGACUGGACCCCCUGGAAAUAUGGGACCCCAAGGACCAAAGGGCAUCCCAGGCAACCAUGGAGUCCCAGGCCCUAAAGGUGAGGCGGGGCCAGUCGGGCCUGCAGGACAGCCUGGUGCUAAGGGAGAAAGGGGUUCCUCUGGUUUGGAUGGAAAACCAGGGUACCCGGGAGAACCAGGUCUCAAUGGUCCUAAGGGACACCCAGGGUUACCAGGUCCAAAAGGUGACCGUGGAGUGGAAGGACCUCCUGGUCUCCCAGGCCCUGCAGGCCCAGCAGGAGUUAAGGGAAUGCCUGGACACAAUGGUGAGGCAGGUCCAAGAGGUGCCCCUGGGAUACCAGGUACCAGAGGCCCCAUUGGGCCACCAGGCAUUCCAGGAUUCCCUGGACCUAAAGGGGAUCCAGGAACCCCAGGUCUUCCGGGCCCAGCUGGCAUAGCAACUAAGGGCCUCAAUGGACCCACUGGGCCACCAGGGCCCCCGGGUCCGAGAGGCCACGCUGGAGAGCCUGGCCUUCCAGGGCCCCCAGGCCCCCCAGGUCCCCCGGGCCAAGGAGUCCUUCCAGACAGCUCUAUAAAGGCAGGCCAAAGGCCUCUUGUUAGUGCCAACCUGGGUGUAACGGGAAUGCCAGUGUCUGCUUUCACUGUUAUUCUCUCCAAAGCUUACCCAGCUAUAGGUACUCCCAUCCCCUUUGAUAAGAUUUUGUAUAACAGGCAACAGCAUUAUGACCCAAGAACUGGAAUCUUUACCUGCAGGAUACCUGGAAUAUACUAUUUCUCCUACCAUGUGCAUGUCAAAGGGACCCAUGUGUGGGUAGGUCUGUAUAAGAAUGGCACCCCUGUAAUGUACACAUACGAUGAAUAUGCCAAGGGCUACCUGGAUCAGGCUUCGGGCAGUGCCAUUAUCGAUCUCGCAGAAAAUGACCAGGUGUGGCUCCAACUGCCCAACGCUGAGUCCAAUGGCCUGUACUCCUCUGAGUAUGUCCACUCCUCUUUCUCAGGAUUCUUAGUGGCUCCAAUGUGAGCACGUUCCCACAAAGCUAAUAUAAAUCUGCUUGAAAAGGCAUCGCCCAACUUCACCCCACCCCACAAAAUGCAUAUGGAGGUAGGCUGAAAAAGAUAUCGCUCAUUUUAACUUUCCAAAAUACAGAUUUGAGCUUUCAGACCAACUUUCCCUCUGAAAAAGGGAGCAGCAAUGCUAAGAAAAUAUGUGAAGACCUUCUCAAAUUCCUAAUCAGCAGUCCUAAGACUCUUUACUAUUUUCUGUGAAGUCCUUCAGUAUUUAAAGAUUUCACCAUAAAACUCCUACUAAGCUAAAAUAUAAAAGGAUCACAAAAACCCCUGAUCUCUGAUGCUAUGUUCUGUUAAAUUUGACUUCAGAAUCUCAGCAUUUGCCUGGUCUCUAACGAUUAUCAGAACUUCUAGGAAACAUUAAGGAGGUAUCAUAUCUUUAUAAAACUUAAAUACUUGAAUAUUCAAAUUUAAAAGACAUUGUA